AUGAAUGGAAAAGACCACCAACAAAAGUGUGCAACUUCUUUCCAAAUUGACUGGUCUUCCUCAAAUGUUUGGUCAAACUUACCUGUGAAUAGUACUACUGCCUUACCCUCAGCUGCUGUGGGAAACAGCUAUUCCAACUUGCAUAAUACUCUUGAAGAACAUGGAAGGCCGUUUUCACCUAAAGUUCUGCCAUCUCGCUCAAAGCUCAGAAGCUAUGCUACAACAAAGUUGUCACCACUGGGACAAGAUUAUCUGGCUGAAAAGAAACUAAGAGAUGUAGUACAGCAAUGUAAAAAAGACACUUUAUUUGAGCUGAUCAAUCAAGGAGUCAGUGUUUGCAGUGCUGACUCAAAGAAAAGGACUCCACUUCAUUUUGCAGCAGCACAAGGAAAUGAUGAGAUUUUACAGAUUCUGCUUGAGAACGGAGCAAAUCCAAAUGCAAGAGAUUUAAAUGGAAAUACACCACUUCAUCUUGCAGCAUGUACAAACCAGUUAAAAAUAGUAACACUACUGUUGCAGGCUGGUGCUAAUGUAAUUGCAGCUGACUUUAAUGGAAAAACACCUCUUGAUGUGGCAUACUCUAGGUUAAGAGUUCUUCAUGGUGACCAGAAAAUAAGAGAUAGACCAUCGGUUUACUGUGAGGAAGUAAAACAAGUUAUAGAGUUGAUCAGGGCAUACAUGUUGAGGCUUGGAAACAAAACAGCUGGGGAGACACUAGAUAAUAUUUCUGGUAUGCUUGGAAAAUCAGUCACUACUGAAGAGGUUUGUAAUAAGUAACAUUACUACACUCAAUAUACUGAUUAAGUUGUCUAUGUGAAUCAAUUGUGGCAUUAUAGGUUAUUUUAAGUUUGAAUGUUCAUAGUUUUUGAACACAGUUAAAAUGCCUGUAAACAACUGCUCCAAAAGUCAAUUUAAUUUUAAAGUGGUCAGCUACAUACAUCUGGCCUGGGGGAGCUGACCAGGAAAAUUGGAUACUUUGGAUUCUUAUGACACCUUACAUGGAGUUGAGUGUUUUGUUGGUUCUUGUCUUUGCUGGGUCCACGAGGUGUUAAUUUCUUCAAGUAGUGCUGGUCCCCCACCUUCACUAAAAAUGCUAACACUUCCAAAUUCUGAUAUGCAUAUUCAAACCAUUUCAAAAUGUGUUAUUUGGAGGUCUUUAGUGUUUCAUGCCUAAACAAAAUAAUUACAUUUACAUGAAAUUUUAACAAGGUGGUUACCCCUGGAGGUUUAAAUCUAUACAGAAUGGAUUUUAUUGCGUGAUUGUACAUCAUGAAAAGUGAUAAUUAACUGGAUUACUUUUGGCACCACUUGCCUUGCUCAUCUUUUAGAUAACACACAAUAAUGAUUAUACCUGUAUGUGUAAAACUCUAAUUCAUUUUUGUGUCCAAUUAAUAAUUGUCAAUGAACAAUGGGGUCUUUGGCUUACUGCAUUUCUCUUUAUGUGAUAUUUUAUUUGGGGUUAACAUUUAUGCUGACAGGGUGAAUGAUGUUAUUGAUUAAUUGCAGGUAGAUGAAGUUCAUGGUUUACUGGCAAGCUUUACUGCAAUGAAUUUAUCUCAACAUGGUGAUAAAGUCUCCUAGAGUUUCAUUCCAUUAUUAUCGAAUGACAUUCAAAGCUUAUACUUUACAUUAAACAACAAUAAAAAUAAAACGAUUUUUUAUUUUACUUUACCACUUUUGCAAGAUACAAUUUCCACUCCAAGACAAGGUAAAUCCAAGGAAGAGAAGUACCAGUACAUGUAUUUCGUCUUUGAAAGUAUAUUCUCAAGUCGCUGGCAAUAUUAUUUGUAUGCCAUAUCAAGCUUUUUGAACAGAUUACUAUCAUUAAAUGUAGUAUGUAUGAAAGAAAAUUACAGUCAAAUUUAUGGUCCACUGAG